UACUCUUAUAACAACUAUUGAAAAUCACAUAUACUACAAAUUUAAUCAACCAAACCCCAUAUCUCAAAACACAUAGUACCUGAGACAUGGCAACACAUGACAUUGUCGAAUCUCUGUCUUCAUCCGACCAGAAGCUGCAACUGAAAGACUUUGUGUGGUCGGCCAAUGAAUGGCCCGAACUGAAGCAUGAUGACUUCUGCGACGAAGAAGACAUCCCUGUGAUAAGCCUUAGCAGCGGGGGAGACGCCGAGAAAAUGGUGGCGGCUUCUCGGAAAUGGGGAUUUUUCAAGUUGGUGGAUCACGGCGUGCCUGAUGAGGUUAUUGAUGAUAUCACGGUGUGGUUGAACAGAUUUUACGAUCUUCCAAUGGAGCAGAAGCUCAAGGGAGCCCGGACCGGAAGCCUGCCUUUGGGCUAUUCGGCAUCUAACGUCGAUUAUGGGAGAAAUUUGCCGUGGGCAGAGAUCUUGCAGUUGCUUCAGUCGCCGCAGCAGGUGGUGGAGUUUGCGACUAGGGUGUACGGAGACCACUCGCAUCAUCAUUUUAGCGAUGCAAUGAUCAACUACAUGAAUGCACUGGAAGAAUUGGGAAUACGUGUAUUGGCUAUGCUAGCCAAUGGUUUAGGUCUUGAUAGUAACUUCUUCACUAGACACUUCUUGAGCGAGCGUGAGAGCACUAUGAUUAGAGUUAAUCGAUACCCUCCGUGCCCUCUCCCCAACCGAUGCUUGGGCCUUGGCAGCCAUUCCGACCCCCACACUCUAACCAUAUUGCUCCAAGAUGAAGUUGGAGGCCUACAAGUUUGUGACGAUCACAAUCGCUGGUUUGGUAUCCGGCCCCUACCUAAAUCGUUUGUCGUUAAUAUAGGCGACACACUUGAGGCAUGGAGUAAUGGGAGGCUAAAGAGUGUGGUUCACAGAGCAGUCGUAAACGAGGAACGACAUCGUCUCUCGGUUGCAUAUUUUAUGAGCCCUGCAGCUAAUACUACCAUAGAGAGCCCUCCUCAGCUCAUGGAUGAAGAUCCUAACAAACCAAGAAAGUAUAAAACAUUUACCUGGGGUGAUUUCAGGAAUCAGCUUCUCAAACAACGACGAGUUGUUGGAAAAACUGCUCUUCAUCGAUAUACAAUCAAUUCUUAA